CUCCCCUGAGUCCCAUCCUCUUAUAUAAUUUCCCUCAGGUGUUUGCCGAAAAGCAGCUCUUGGCAACCUCGUCCUUGCAAGGAAGAGGUUCCAAAUAGGCUCCGAAUCGCUGAUCUUCUUCUCCGAGUUUCCACGUAACUUCCCGACCGAGAGGAAAAUUUUCGGUUAGCGGGUUCUUGUCGGAACAAUGUCGGCGACAACGGCGGGCCAAUUGCUCGCGGUCGCGCUUCUGUCCGCAUCGUUGUUGUUGGCAACCGCUGGACACAGCGGGAACAAGUUGCGGGGAGUGACAUAUGACGCAAGGUCACUGAUCAUCAAUGGCAAGAGAGAGUUGCUCUUCUCGGGCUCGAUCCAUUACCCACGGAGCACCCCCGAUAUGUGGCCGGACCUUAUCAGCAAGGCAAAGCAUGGAGGAUUGAAUGUGAUCCAGACAUACGUGUUCUGGAACGUUCACGAGCCUGUUCAAGGCCAGUUCAAUUUCCAGGGAAACAAUGAUCUGGUGAAAUUCGUUAAGAUGAUCGGGGAGCAAGGCAUGUACGUCACCCUGAGAGUCGGGCCAUUCAUUCAGGCCGAAUGGAAUCACGGAGGACUUCCAUAUUGGUUGAGGGAGGUUCCGAACAUCACAUUCCGUUCAGACAACGAACCAUUCAAGUACCACAUGGAAAGGUAUGUUAGGAAAAUCAUAGACAUGAUGAAGGAAGAGAAAUUGUUUGCUUCCCAAGGAGGUCCCAUCAUUCUGGCCCAGAUCGAAAACGAGUACAAUCAUGUUCAACUCGCUUAUAGAGAGCUAGGAACCCGGUAUAUCCAGUGGGCAGGAAACUUGGCUCCUGAUCUUGACAUUGGAGUUCCAUGGAUCAUGUGCAAGCAAAAGGACGCACCCGGUCCAGUGAUUAAUACAUGCAAUGGAAGGCACUGUGGUGAUACUUUCACUGGCCCGAACAGGCCGGACAAGCCAACUCUCUGGACGGAGAACUGGACCGCUCAGUACCGAGUAUUUGGAGAUCCGCCAUCCCAAAGAUCAGCAGAAGACAUUGCUUUCUCCGUCGCACGCUUCUUUGCUAAGAAUGGGAGUUUAACUAACUAUUACAUGUAUCACGGUGGAACAAAUUUCGGCAGAACUAGCGCUGUUUUCACAACUACCCGCUACUAUGAUGAAGCUCCUCUUGAUGAAUAUGGUUUGCAGAGGGAACCCAAAUGGGGCCAUCUCAGGGACUUGCACAAGGCUUUGGCAUUAUGUAGGAAGCCAUUGUUGUGGGGUAACCCAAGCGUACAACGCAUUGCAGCAGAUGUUGAGGCCAUAACUUUUGAGAUGCCAGGGACCAAAGUUUGCGCCGCUUUCUUGACUAAUAACGACACCAAAUCGGCACACGUCACCAAGUUCAGGGGUGAAAGUUACUAUUUGCCUCCUCAUUCCAUUAGCAUCCUCCCUGAUUGCAAGACUGUGGUUUACAAUACGCAAACGAUUGUAUCACAGCAUAAUGCGAGGAACCACCGCAGAUCAAAUGUUACAGACAACCUUAAGUGGGAGAUGUCCAAAGAAGUCAUCCCAGACGCUGCCAAAGUCCCAGUUGAUUCCAAGGUACCGGCUGAACUCUACGGAUUGACGAAAGACACCACGGACUACGCAUGGUUUACGACAAGCAUUGAGGUAAGCCCUCGUGAUCUACCGAUGCGUAAAGAUAUCCUUCCAGUUCUAAGGGUAGCAAGUCUUGGCCAUGCUAUGCUCGCAUUUGUAAAUGGCGAAUUCAUCGGAAAGUCCCAUGGAAGCCACGUCGAGAAGAGCUUCGUCUUUCAGAAACCUAUAAACUUGAGGCCGGGGACUAACCAUAUAUCUUUGCUGGGCAUGACAGUUGGAUUACCUGACAGCGGAGCAUACAUGGAGCACAGAUUUGCUGGGCCUCGUAUGGUGACAAUCCUCGGUUUGAACACCGGCACACUUGAUUUAACCAUGAAUGGCUGGGGGCAUCAGGUUGGCUUGGAUGGGGAAAAGGUCAAGGCAUACACACAAGGAGGAUCUCACCGGGUACAAUGGAAAAAGGCAAACGGAGUCGGCCCUGCUCUUACUUGGUACAAGGCAUAUUUCGAUGCUCCCGAAGGAGACGGUCCUGUUGCUAUCCGACUUCCUGGCUUGGGCAAGGGAAUGAUUUGGGUCAACGGCAAAAGCAUCGGCCGCUUCUGGAAUUCUUACCUUACUCCUCUUCUGCAGCCAUCUCAAUCAGAGUACCAUAUUCCAAGGUCCUUCAUUAAACCAAGUGACAAUCUCUUGGUCGUGUUGGAUGAAGAAGGCGGCAAUCCUCAGUCAAUUGAGAUCCUCACCGUGGACAGAGAUACUAUCUGUAGCUUCAUUUCCGAGAACCAUCCACCCAACGUGAAGUCAUGGGAAAGAAAGAAUAGCCACAUCAGGCCCAUUGUGGGUGACGCGAAGCCGACGGCUAACUUGAAGUGCGCAAACCAGAAGAAGAUCGUCGCUAUCGAGUUUGCAAGCUUUGGCGAUCCGUACGGUGGCUGCGGAAGCUUUGCACUUGGAAAAUGCACUUCUUCCUUUUCCAAGAAGGUGGUUGAACAGAAAUGCUUGGGAAAAACCAGUUGCCAAGUUCCCGUUGACAGAUCGCUCUUCGACAAGAACAACGACGGGUGUCCCGACAUCAUGAAGACGUUAGCCAUCCAGGCAAGAUGCAGCUAACCCUUCGAAGCACGAGAGAAGAUCAGCGAGGAAAAAUGGGUCGAGAUCAGCUUAACAAUCGGUUUCAAAGCCUUGAUUCUAGUGGCUACCUGAAGAAGGGCAUUGUGUUCUCGAAAUCGGGAUGCCGUAGCCAUUCGCCAUUCUUCCACUCAACUUAGACACAAGAAUCAUCUUUGAUCAUUCAAGACCAGAAGUUUGAAUACUUCUCACAUAGCUGCAUUAGACCGCGUUUUUGUUGCCUUAAUUUUGCUUCUCAUCAUCAUCAUAAAUUUUCCAUUUCUUCUUGUCCUACCUUCCUCUCUAUUAUUUUCCUGUCAUUUCUUAAGAACACUAAUGCUCUCGUCUUGAUCUUGGCCAAACAUAUGUCUUUCUU